AUGCUUAAUUCCUUCUUGUCUCCAAUUUUUCAAUUCUUUGUAGUCAUUAAUAUUAUUACGCUGCCCAUACCCGCUGUAGGUGUACUAUGGAAAACCAAGCUCCAGAAUGUUCCCAAAAUGUUUCUAGAGGCACCGGCCAACAUCAACGCUCACAAUUAUUCCAUGAUACUGAAUUACCCAAAUCUUUGCGACAGCAAAGAGCAAGUAUUCUUGUUGAUUCUGGUUCGUAGUAUUCCAGAGAAUGUUCUCCGGCGUCAAAUUAUCCGGAGUACAUGGGGUAAUGUCAAGUCCGUGAAAAAUGAAACAAUCAAAGUCGCUUUUCUGUUUGGCAACAAUAACCAAAAUUCAAACAAAAUACUCAAAGAGGAACAGAUUAAGUAUAAGGACAUUCUCCAAGAGACAUUCCAAGAAUCUUGUAAUCUAUUUUUUGUCUGUCUUUUUUGUGUCUCUAUCUUGAUCUAUCUAUCUAUCUAUCUAUCUAUCUAUCUAUCUAUCUAUCUAUCUAUAUUAUGUCUUUCUGUUUGUCUAUAUCAGUCUGUUCAUAUCUAUCUAUUUAUCUAUCUCAAUCUCAAUGAAUCUCUAAGGAAACAAUUGACAACGAAAAUUCGACAAAAACCCGAGGAAAACUUGGAACAAGAAUCAAAAGGUACGAAUAAAAAUGAUUUCUCCUUUAUUUUCGUACUAUCUUUGUCUGAUUCAUUCGCUUUCUACACUCUAUGUUGUAUUGUGGCCAUUUUUCAUUGUCUACUUUAUAAAUCAUACACAGUCAUCCAUUUGCUUUUCAUUAUUGCGAAUGCUCGAGGUUUCUAUUUGAUUUCAUUCAUCACUUAUUCUUUCACUUUUCAGUCAUUUCUCUUUUACCACAUUCAUCAUUUUUAUCUUCCUUGCUUCCUCUUUGAUUUCAUUGAUUUUACAGUAAUUUCUAUUUUACUGCCUCAUUCCUUACUCUUUCCUUCCUCUUUGAUUUCAUUCUUCAUUUAUUUUUUCAUAUUUUGGCAUUUCUUUUUUACCGCUUCCUUCGAUUUUCCUGCCUUCCUCUUUAAAUUCAUUUUCAUUUAUUCUUUCACUUUUCAGUCAUUUCUGUUUCAGUCAUUUCUUUAUUUAUCGCUUAUUUCCUUUUUCCCGCCUUGCUCUUUAAAUUCAUUCAUCAUUUAUUCUUUCAUAAUUCAGUCGUUUCGUGUUUACUGCUUCAUUCCAUUUUCCGUCUUCCUCUUGGAAUUAAUUCAUCAUUUAUUCUUUCACAUUUCACUCAUUUCGUUUUUACUGCUUCUUUCCAUUUUACACCUUCCGCUUUGCGUUCAUUCAUCAUGUAUUCAUUCACAUUUCACUCAUUUCCUUUUUAAAGCUUCUUUCCAUUUUCCGCCUUCCUCUUUGACUUCAUUCAUCAUGUAUUCUUUCACAUUUUACUCAUUUCGUUUUUACUGCUUCUUUCCAUUUUGCGCCUUCCUCUUUGACUUCAUUAAUCAUUUAUUCUUUCAUAUUUCAGUCGUUUCGUGUUUACUGCUUCUUUCCAUUUUCCGCCUUCCGCUUUCACUUCAUUCGUCAAGUAUUCUUUCACAUUUUACUCAUUUCGUUUUUACUGCUUGUUUCCAUUUUCCGCCUUCCGCUUUGACUUCAUUCAUCAUGUAUUCUUUCACUCUUCACUCAUUUCAUUUUUACUGCUUCUUUCCAUUUUACAGCUACCGCUUUGACAUCAUUCAUUAUUUAUUCUUUCACAUUUCACUCAUUUCAUUUUUACUGCUACUUUCCAUUUUCCGCCUUCCGCUUUGA